UUAUUAUUGUUACCACGCGAAAAAAUCGGUCCCAAAUGCAGCGUUAGCAGUAAUAAACAAUCUGGAGAGACAAUCGUUAUCGAUUUGAUCCAAGAAUUUCCGUAUGUAAUUGCUACCUUUUGACUUCAAAUCUUUUUCUUCCUCCCUGGUUCCUUCUCUUUCGUGGCGCGUUGAGAAGAGGACAGAAGAAAUGGGGUUCAUAUCGGGAGUCAUAAUGGGGAUGAUCGUCGGCGUCGCCCUGAUCGCGGGCUGGGCGCGCGCCAUGGCUCGCCGCGCCGCCAAACGCAGCAACAAGGCUGCGGAUGUCAGUGCACUAGGAUCUCUCAACCGUGAAGACGUGAAGAAAAUAUGUGGAGAAAAUGUUCCCCAAUGGAUAUCAUUUCCAGAAUAUGAGCAGGUCAAAUGGCUCAACAAACAAUUGAGCAAGCUUUGGCCCUUUGUGGAAGAGGCAGCAACCAUGGUCAUCAGGGAUUCUGUCGAACCUAUACUGGAUGAUUAUCGACCACCAGGGAUAUCCUCACUGAAGUUCAGCAGACUCUCCCUUGGGACUGUUCCACCGAAAAUAGAAGGCAUUCGGAUUCAGAGUUUUAAGAAAGGGCAGAUUACAAUGGACAUGGACUUCCGGUGGGGUGGGGAUCCAAAUAUUAUUCUUGCAGUCGAAACACUUGUUGCUUCGCUUCCCAUUCAGUUUAAGAACCUUCAAGUGUACACCAUCAUCCGUGUUGUCUUCCAAUUGUCGGACGAGAUACCAUGCAUAUCUGCUGUUGUCGUUGCUCUUAUGGCAGAGCCAAAACCGAGAAUCGACUACAUACUCAAAGCCGUGGGAGGAAGCCUGACCGCAGUGCCUGGCCUUUCAGACAUGAUUGACGAUACAGUGGCGUCAGUGAUCACUGACAUGCUCCAAUGGCCACACAGAAUCGUUGUUCCACUGGGUGGAGUCGACGUUGACGUCAGUGAUCUUGAGCUGAAGCCACACGGGAAGCUCACGGUCACUGUGGUCCGCGCGGAAUCCCUCAAGAACAAGGAACUCAUCGGCAAAUCCGACCCCUACGUGGUCCUGUUCAUACGCCCAAUGUUCAAGGAGAAGACCAGCGUCAUUGACGACAACCUCAACCCUCAUUGGAACGAAACGUUCCAUCUGAUCGCGGAGGACAAGGAGACGCAGUCCCUAGUUCUUGAGGUGUUCGAUGAGGACAACAUGAAGCAAGACAAGAGGCUUGGCAUCGCAAAGCUGCCCCUUAGCGACCUGGAGAUGGAGACCGUGCAGGAGGUGAACCUGCAGCUGCUGUCGUCGCUGGACACGACCAAGGUCAAGGACAAGAAGGACAGGGGCAUGCUCAGCAUCAAGGUGGUGUACCACCAGUUCACCAACGCAGAGGCGCGGGAGGCCCUGGAGCUGGAGAAGCAGACCGUGGAGGAGCGGCGGAAGGUGAAGAGCGAGACGGCGGCCGUCAGCGGCGCCGCGGACGGGGCAAGCAGCGGCACGGCGUCCACGGUCACCCACGUGGCCGGCACGGGCGUCGCGGCGGCCGGCACGGGUGACUCCCGUGCCGGCUCCAGCGGUGGGAUGGGCAUCGGCGCUGUGGGCUCCGGCAUUGGCGCGUUCGGCAGUGGACUCCAUAAGGCCGGCAAGUCAGCCGGCAAGUUCGUCGGCCGGACUGUCACGGGACCCUUCAGCAGCGCUAGGCGCAGCGCCAGCAACGUCCCCAACGUCGUUGACGAGUGACGAAACUAGCCUAGCAGCUGCUAGUUUGUUACAUUAAUUAAUUAGAAAUUGUCCACAACUCCUUUGUUAUAUAGGCUUUGCUUCGAUGUCACAUGCAGUCAGACGUGUUUAACACAACUUUUAUAACGUGCUUCUGGUUUAGCUUUUGCUU